AUGGGCGACCCAGCUGCCCAUCUCAAGAGAGGCGAGAUUGGGAGCUUGGGCAUGGCGAACCGGGUUCUCUCCGACAGCUCUAACAGCGAUCCGCUGAACUGGAAUUCGAUGAUAUCGUCUUACGCCCGAGUUGGGCAGGUCGAGCGGGCGAAGGAGAUUUUUGACCAGUGCCCGUGCCGGGACGUGACGACGUGGACGGCGAUGCUGGCUGCGUAUGCCCAGAACGGGCAUCUGCAAAACGCCCGAGAGGUGUUUGAGGGCGUCCCGGUUAGAGACGUGAUCACGUGGAAUGCCAUGUUGGCUGCGUACGCCCAAAGCAGCAAACUUAAUCAGGCCGAAGGGGUGUUUGACACGAUGCCGGAGCGGAAUCUUCUGACGUGGACCUCGAUGCUGUCAGCCUAUGCCCAUUGUGGGCAUCUCGAUAAAGCUGAGAAAACGUUUACGCACAUGCCAGAAAGAAACGUGGUAUCUUGGAAUGCUCUACUUUGCUGCUACUCCCAGCACGCCAUCUUUGAAGAUGCAAAGCGCACGUACGAAAAAAUGCCGGAGCACAACCAGGUGACGUGGACAUCGAUGAUCUCUGCACUUGCCCGGCGUGGGCAUCUGUCGGAGGCGAGUGCCUUGUUCAGCGGCAUGCCGGAGAAGAACCUGGUAAGCUGGAACGCGAUGCUCUCGUCUUAUUCCCAGGCCGCCGACGUGGAGGGCGCCAAGCGCUUGUUUGAUGAGAUGGCGUCGAGGGAUUUGGCGUCGUGGAAUGCCAUGCUUACUGGAUAUGGCCAAAACGGUCACUUGGACGAGACAAAGAACGUAUUCAAUGACAUGCCGAAGCACAACUUAAUCUCGUGGAACGCUUUGUUGUCUGCGACUGCGCUGAAUGGUGGCUUGGACGAAGCAAAAGAGGUUUUCAAGCGCAUGCCGGAGAAGAAUCUUGUGUCCUGGACGACGAUGCUUGGAGCGAGCGCUCAAAACGGGCAUCUCCGCGAUGCAAAGAAGAUCUUCGAUGCGAUGCCAAACCAUAGCUUGGUAACUUGGAACUCCAUGUUGGCUGGAUUCGUCCAAGCUGAUCAUCUGGAAGAGGCGAAGUGUCUGUUCGAUCGAAUGCCAUUUGGGGACUUGGUCUCAUCGACGAGCAUGCUACACGCUUAUGCAUCGCGCGGGUACGUGGAAGAAGCUAGCCGGUUCUUUGCAAACAUGCCAGAGCUUACCGUAGUUACUUGGACGGCCAUGCUUACUGCCUACGCCCAGAAUGGCCACAUCGAGCAAGCUCUUGGAUUGCUCGGGAAAAUGCCCGAGAAGAAUGUGGUCACUUGGAACUCGCUGCUCUGCGGCUUCUCGCAAAACGGGAUGCUGCGACACGCCGAGUUUGUUUUUGAAGAGAUGGCCGACAGGGACUCUGUGUCGUGGAACACCAUCCUUGCGGCUUAUGCAAAGUGUGGGCGGUUCUUGCAGGCCAAGAGUUUGUUCGAUCGAUUACCAGAGCAGAACCUUGUUGCUCUGAAUGCCAUGCUCGUCGCUUACUCUUGUAAUGGACUCUUUGGCGAUGCUCUCGACUUUUUCAGCACCAUGAAGCUCUUGGCGAUGCCGGACGAGACGAGCUUUGUGUCCGUUUACGUUGCGUGCUGUCACGGGGGCACCGUGGAGAUUGCUAUCGGUUUCUUCGUUUCGAUGGUGGUGGACUUUGGGAUUAGACCUGGGAAGCAGCACUUUUGCUGUAUGAUCGACGUGCUAGGACGGGCUGGACACCUCGACGAGGCCCACGAUCUGGUAAAAAACAUGCCUUUUGUGCCGGAUGCUCUGGAAUGGAGAUGUGUUCUUGGAGCUUCCAAGAAUGAUCUCCGUGGAGGGAGUCGAGUAGCAGGGGACGUAGCUUCUCUACAAACAGAAGAAGCUGCAAACUAUGUGCUGGUGUCAAACUUCCUUGCUCCAAUCAAACUACCUCGUUUGCAAACAACGAGGUAG